GCGCGGCCAGCUGAGAAGACGUAAUAGAGGGUAGGGUCAGGGCGUACUGGCACCAGCGGUGUCGCUAGGUUUCCGGCUAGUCGCCCUCAAAGACCCGCGGUGUCAGGUUGCAAGGCAGUUAGCGCUUUUGGGUGAGAGACCGUGGCAGUGGCGGCGGCGGCGGCGGCUGCGGCGGCGAUCCCUCGGGCGGGAUGUUCCGAGGAUUGAGCAGUUGGUUGGGCCUGAAGCAGCCCGAGGGGGCGGCGGCGAUAAGAGAGCCGCCCAGCGGGGACGAGCUGUCUGCUGGAGACGCGCCUCCUGAGGAGCACCCCGAGCAGCAACCCCAGGACGAGCAGCAGCCGGCAGAGGACCCAGAGCUCCUACACCAGGCCAAAGGCCUUGGAAAUUAUUUGUUUAACUUUGCAAGUGCUGCCACAAAGAAGAUAACCGAAUCUGUUACUGAAACAGCUCAGACAAUAAAGAAAUCUGUGGAAGAAGGAAAAAUAGAUGACAUCAUUGAUAAGACCAUUAUAGGGGAUUUUCAAAAAGAACAGAAAAAAUUUGUUGAAGAACAACACACAAAGAAGUCAGAAGCAGCUGUGCCGCCGUGGGUUGAUAGUCACGAUGAAGAAACUAUUCAACAGCAGAUUUUGGCUUUGUCAGCUGACAAGAGGAAUUUCCUUCGUGACCCACCAGCUGGUGUGCAGUUUAACUUUGAUUUUGAUCAGAUGUACCCUGUCGCCCUGGUCAUGCUCCAAGAAGAUGAGCUGCUAAGCAAGAUGAGAUUUGCCCUUGUUCCUAAACUUGUAAAGGAAGAAGUAUUCUGGAGGAACUACUUCUACCGCAUCUCCCUGAUUAAGCAGUCAGCCCAGCUCACAGCACUGGCCGCCCAGCAGCAAGCCUCUGGAAAGGAAGAGAAAAGCAGCGGAGAAGAUGAGUUGCCGCUGACAGAGGCAGUACGGCCCAAAACACCACCUGUCGUAAUCAAAUCUCAGCUUAAAACUCAAGAGGAUGAGGAGGAAAUCUCCACCAGCCCGGGCGUUGCUGAGUUUGUCAGUGAUGCCUUCGAUGACUGCAACUUAAAUCAGGAGGAUUUAAGAAAAGAAAUGGAGCAACUUGUGCUUGAUAAAAAACAAGUGGAAACAAUUGCACUAGAAGAAGAGUCUGCUGAUUGGGAAAAGGAACUACAACAGGAGCUUCAGGAAUAUGAAGUGGUAGCAGAGUCUGAGAAGCGAGAUGAAAACUGGGAUAAAGAAAUUGAAAAGAUGCUGCAGGAGGAAAAUUAGUCCCAAACCAAUUCUGAACAUUGUGCUGACAUUACAUAUUGAUGCUCGCUGAAUCAGAAGGCACAAAAAAUAAAAUAAAUAAAUAACUGUAUGCAAUUUGAAAUUAUUCUUUUUCAAGCUAAAACUUGCCUCUUCUAAAGUAUGCAGAACAGCUGUUGUAAUAAUCAAAAUUAACAGGAUAUUGUAUGUAACAUUUCAUAUAAAUCAAAUUAGCAAUGUUGUUAUAGGCAGCAGAGCCAGCUAUGCCACAGAAACACAAGUAAAAUACUAGAGUUUGUUUUCCACAAGGUUGGCAACAUAAUUUAUUCUUUAGCCAUGAUUUUCUAAGCAUAUAUACUCAUUGCCUUUUUGUUGUUACAUGGUUAAAGUACUUACUUAAUGGCUUAAUUACUAUCAGAAUGACCAAAUUAUACCAAAGAACGCAAGAGAAAGCACUUUCAAAACUAUUUUCUUGCCAGAUAUUUUCUAAAAUUCUGUCUGAAAGCCAAAAGCUGAAAUAAUUAAGUUCACUUGAAUGACAUAAACAUCACCCAAUUCGACGUUAAGAAACACUGUGUGGGACUAGGGACAUGGUAGGCACUUGCCUGUUGUAGAAUAUUACUUUAAGGUGUGUUACAUUUGUUUAUGCUCUGGA